AUGAGCGAAGAAAUUGAUAAACACGUCCUCAGAAAGUACGAAAUUGGACCCAAGUUGGGUAAAGGUGCCUAUGGUAUUGUGUGGAAGGCUGUUGAUAAAAAGACUAGACAAACAGUUGCUUUGAAGAAAAUCUUUGAUGCUUUCCAGAAUGCCACCGAUGCUCAACGUACAUAUCGUGAAAUUAUGCUUCUUCAAAACUUGCAUCAUGAUAACAUUGUCCGCUUGUUGAACGUACUCAAGGCAGACAAUGAUAAUGAUAUUUACUUGAUUUUCGAAUUUAUGGACACUGAUUUGCACGCAGUGAUCAGAGCUAACAUUUUGGAGGAAAUUCACAAACAAUAUAAUAUUUAUCAAUUGUUGAAGACUUUGAAGUAUAUCCACAGCGCUAAUUUACUUCACAGAGAUAUCAAACCAUCAAACUUGCUGUUGAACUCUGAAUGUCAUAUGAAAUUGGCUGACUUUGGUCUUGCUCGAAGCAUUAGUUCAACAGACAAGGAUCAUGGUCCUGUGUUGACUGACUAUGUGGCUACCAGAUGGUAUCGUGCUCCAGAAAUUUUGUUGGGAUCAACAAAAUACACCAAAGGUGUUGACUUGUGGUCUGUUGGAUGUAUAUUAGGAGAAUUGCUCGGAGGAAAGCCAAUGUUCCCAGGAACAUCCACCAUGAACCAAUUGCAAAGAAUUAUUGCUGUCACAGGUCCACCAACUCCAGAAGAUAUUGAUGCAAUUCAAUCUGCUUUUGCUUCUUCCAUGCUCGACUCUAUUCCUGAAACUGAACAAAAGUCCUUGCAAGAAAUGUUCCCUAAGGCAUCUGCAGAUGCUUUAGAUUUAUUAGGAAAGCUUUUACAAUUCAACCCUGAGAAGAGAAUUGAUGCCGAGUCUGCUCUCAAACACCCAUAUGUUGCUCUUUUCCACAACCCUGCUGAAGAACCAACUUGUGACAAACCAAUUUCUCUCUACUUUGAUGACAACAAGAAAUACUCAAUCAACGAAUAUCGUGAAAAGCUCUAUUCUGAAAUUAGAAAAAAGAGAGAAAAGAGACGAGCUAGAACAAAGGAAGCAGAAGAACAAAAGAAGUAA